ACAGACACGCGAGGUCAGGAAGGAGCCGCCGAUACGUUGCCGCUUCCUCCGCGCCGCCGCCAGCGCCGACCCCCGGGCCCCCGCCGCAGCCCCGCGGGCUCGCCGGCCCCGAGCCCCGAGCGCCGCGAGCCCCGAGCCCCGGCCACGCGGAGGAGAGACGAGCGCGGAGCCCGCCGGCCCGAGAGCGAGCGGGAGGGCAGCCCCCGGCCGGCGGAACCGAGCGCAGCCGAGCGCGGCGCCGCGGCCGCCCCAGGUCCAGAACAACAACUUUUGCUGAGGAGCCUCCAAAACAAAGUGAGGAGGACAUGGCCACCAAGGAGAAGUUGCAGUGUCUGAAAGACUUUCACAAAGACAUCCUGAAGCCAUCCCCAGGGAAGAGCCCAGGCACCCGGCCUGAAGAUGAGGCUGAGGGGAAGCCCCCUCAGAGGGAGAAGUGGUCCAGCAAGAUCGACUUUGUGCUCUCUGUGGCUGGUGGCUUUGUCGGCUUGGGCAACGUCUGGCGGUUCCCAUACCUCUGCUACAAAAAUGGUGGAGGUGCAUUUCUCAUACCAUAUUUUAUUUUCCUGUUUGGCGGCGGCCUGCCUGUGUUCUUCCUAGAGGUAAUCAUAGGCCAGUACACCUCUGAAGGAGGCAUCACCUGCUGGGAAAAGAUCUGCCCCUUGUUCUCCGGCAUCGGCUAUGCCUCCAUCGUGAUCGUGUCCCUCCUGAAUAUAUACUAUGUCAUCAUCCUGGCCUGGGCCACCUACUACCUGUUCCAGUCCUUCCAAUCGGAGCUGCCCUGGGCACACUGCAACCACAGCUGGAAUACGCCUCAGUGUAUGGAAGACACGAUGCGCAAGAACAAAAGCCUGUGGAUCACCCUCAGCACCAAGAACUUCACUUCUCCUGUCACCGAGUUCUGGGAGCGCAACGUGCUGAGCUUGUCUUCUGGAAUUGACGACCCUGGCUCCUUGAAGUGGGACCUUGCUCUCUGCCUUCUCCUUGUAUGGCUGGUCUGCUUCUUCUGCAUCUGGAAGGGUGUCAAGUCCACGGGGAAGGUUGUCUACUUCACGGCCACUUUCCCGUUCGCUAUGCUCCUGGUGCUGCUGGUCCGUGGACUGACACUGCCCGGUGCAGGCGCAGGCAUCAAGUUUUAUCUGUACCCCGACAUCAGCCGCCUCGAGGACCCGCAGGUCUGGAUUGAUGCUGGGACCCAAAUAUUCUUCUCCUAUGCCAUCUGCCUGGGGGCCAUGACCUCUCUGGGGAGCUACAACAAAUACAAGUACAACUCGUACAGGGACUGUAUGCUGCUGGGAUGCCUGAACAGUGGUACCAGUUUUGUGUCUGGCUUCGCAAUUUUUUCCAUCCUGGGCUUCAUGGCACAAGAGCAAGGGGUGGACAUUGCUGAUGUGGCUGAGUCAGGGCCUGGCCUGGCCUUCAUUGCCUACCCAAAAGCUGUGACCAUGAUGCCGCUGCCCACGUUUUGGUCCAUUCUCUUUUUUAUUAUGCUUCUCUUGCUUGGACUGGAUAGCCAGUUUGUUGAAGUCGAAGGACAGGUCACGUCCUUGGUCGAUCUUUACCCAUCCUUCCUAAGGAAGGGUUUCCGUCGGGAAAUCUUCAUCGCCUUCAUGUGUAGCAUCAGCUACUUGCUGGGUCUGUCGAUGGUGACGGAGGGUGGCAUGUAUGUGUUUCAACUCUUUGACUACUAUGCAGCUAGCGGUGUAUGCCUUUUGUGGGUUGCAUUCUUUGAAUGUUUUGUUAUUGCCUGGAUAUAUGGCAGCGAUAACCUUUAUGACGGUAUUGAGGACAUGAUUGGCUAUCGGCCUGGGCCCUGGAUGAAGUACAGCUGGGCCGUGGUCACUCCAGUUCUCUGUGUUGGAUGUUUUAUCUUCUCUCUCGUCAAGUACGUACCCCUGACCUACAACAAAGUCUACGUGUACCCCACCUGGGCCAUCGGGCUGGGCUGGAGUCUGGCCUUGUCCUCCAUGAUGUGUGUCCCCUUGGUCAUGGUCAUCCGCCUCUGCCAGACGGAAGGGCCGUUCCUCGUGAGACUCAAGUACCUGCUGACCCCGAGGGAACCCAACCGCUGGGCCGUGGAGCGCGAGGGGGCUACGCCCUACAGCUCCCGCCUGGCCGUGAACGGCGCUCUCAUGAAACCGACCCACAUCAUAGUAGAGACCAUGAUGUGAGCUCCUGGGCAGACGGGCCGCUUCCCUGCUGUUUACUAACAUUAGAUUCUCAUAGGACCAGGUUUACAGAGCUUUCUAUUUGCACUAGGAUUGUUUUUUUUUUAAUUGUCACAGAAAAUGUUACUCUGUGUGUGUGUGUGUUGGUGUGUGUGUGUGUGUGUGUGUGUGUGUGUGUGUGGUAUUGUGCGUAUGUGUAUUUUGUUUUGAUUUGGGGAUAUUUUGUACAAAAAGAAAACCCACCGGCAGAUGUCCGGGACGAGGCAGAGCUUUCAUAUUGAAUUAGAUGUAUUUUAUGGGAACUUGGUAAAAUUUUCUUUGUAUUUUUUUUACAUAUAACUAUAUAUACAUUUAGAGAUUGUCAUACAGUUUUACCACUUGAAUCGAUCUUCUUGCCAGCAAUAGAUCUCGUUUUUAAAAGCAAUUCUUCGGUGCUUGUGUAGCUGGCAGAAAGUUCUGCCCCCCAAAAACACAGGGUGGAAUUGACCUGGACAGUAGACCCAUUUUAAGGGUGUAGUACCUUCUCAGCCUGGUUCGAGUAGAAGCAUACAGUGGGGCUGGGGCGGUGAGGGGAGGCCCCACUAGCUGGCCAGACCCAGAGAGGCUGGAGAAAGGAGGGCCACAAGCUUCAAUGACACUUGUCUUAGCCAAUAAGAGAAAUGCCAAAAUAAUGGAUCAACCCCUCAGAUCAAGGGAUUGACUUAAGGCAGACAGAGGAGGCCGUACAGCGCAAGUCUGAUUCUCUAGAAACCGUUGUACCAGCAGCAAAACCCCACCUGGUACAUUGAGAUGGAGGGUGGAUAGUCAGAAGGACUGUCGGGCAGGUUGUCAGCACCAUUCAUCCGAGAGGGAGCGGCAAGGGCUCCCGGGAGGGCCAGUGAGGAUGGCGCCCCGACAUUCAGGAGGCGGACUGCUUGGCUGCCGCCCAGGGCCAACCCAGCAGGAGCCGGGGAUCUCAGGGCCCCAAACCUCGCACAGAUGGGGCUGUUGUGUUUUAUGGGAUUCUGUUGUAUCAGGUUCUGGCCAUUUCCCAGCUGACAUGUCUUGCAGCUCUGUGUAGGAGAGAAGCAUGAUGUAUCUGGUGAGGGACGAGGGGUGAGCCAGUGGACCAAAGGGUGUGGGCCCAGGCGUUCAGAGAGGCCUGGUGUCAGGGAGGGCUGCUUUUCUUUCCUCAUCUCUCCAUCCUCAGCUCUGUCCUCAUCUCCCAGAGGCUGGGAAACUCCUGACAAGCUCCCCGCCCCCGGCUGCCCCAGCUCCUAGCUGGGAGUGCCAAGAGUGCUUUUGGAGGCUCCCUGAAUCUUGGAGUCGGGCUAAGCGCUCCCAAGCCCUCCUCCCCAUUCCGGCGCAAGAGCAGCCCUUGGUGGUGGCUUGGGAAAUAGUGAAGCUCUUCAUGACUUCACAACUCCUGCAGUAGCCGGUGUUGGAUGCACACCACGUGGGGACCGAGGAGAGGAGGCGAGGGAGCAUUUUCUAGAAAGGUAGGAUUGUUCAGGGGGCUGGCACCCCAGAACUGGCUUGGCCAAGAGCCUGAUUUAGAGCGGCACUCCUCUCUGAAGAUGUAGAGAAGGUACUCUACCUUUAAAAUCCUGAGACGGACACGUCUCCACCCAAGCCCCCAUUUGGACCUAAACUGUGCCAUUUAAACUGUCACUUCCAAGUUCAGAGUCUCAACUCAACCAAAACAUUGUCAUGCACAAACGCCAGUGACUGCCUCGUGGGGUGCGGAGAGUGAAGCCCAGCUCAGGUGUUGAGAGUGGGGGCUCUCUGAAUCCUGGAACCCUCUCCCUAAAUUUGGGAGGGGAGGAGCCUCUGGUGUGUGCCCCCUCCCCAGAGGCGGAGGCAACCUUGAACCUCUUCUCUCUGGCAAGCAUUCUCAUUUCACAUUUCACUGUUUCCAAAGGAUACACUCUGCCAAACAAUACCCAGUCCUAUUCCAAACCGUUAACAAUUCUGUGUUCCUGUUUUUCUAUGUAUUUAUGGUUGCCGCUGUGUCUGAGUUGAUUUUGUUGUUGUGUCUUUUCCUAAUUUUACUGAGUAGCAAUGUGAUCUGUUUUCCUUCGCCUCAUGGAACUUAGUAAACUAACCACUGUCCAUGAUUGGGGACAGGUGAUGUGUGGGGUCAAGGGGUGCUUGGUAAGCUGUGGCUGCCUGGGCAUUUGUGGUCAUCUCAGGCUACAAUAUCUCCCCUCCGGUAAAAAGGCUACAGUAUUUGGGGUUGGUAGGUAAAUUGCAACAUUCUGGAAAUGGCCUGAGAAAGGCUUCUUCUCAUAAGAUUUGCAGACCAAAUUCUAGACCAAAGACACAAGCAGACCAAGUCCCCAGGCCCUGCCUGGAAGGAAGGUCAGCCACUUUCCCCGAGCCCCUCUCUUGACAAUCUCCCAGUUUACCUGUCUCCAAUCGGGCCCUCUUAUCUACUCCCCUGGCCCUUGUGUGUCUGCAGAACUUGGCUCUGUGAGUACAAGGUGUAAUGAUGCAUGACUUUGAUAUGUCUCCACAUAAAGGAAACUUGUCAUUGGAGCUCAUGACUCUGGUCCUCCUGUCUCUGGAGAACAGGCAGUCCACCCACUCUCUGCCUUGGGAAUGGGUCAGAAAUUCUGGUGCCUGCACCUAGCCCAGUUGGCCAGCUCUGGCAGGGAUGUAAGGGAGAUGGUUAAAGAACUUUCUGAGGAUGCAGAAAUGGGUAAGGGCCUUAGGCUAAAUCUCACCCAGGGAGAUGCUUCCCUGAGCCUGCCAUGGGCUGUGUUGGCCCCUCCAGGGGACAGUCCUGCACAGUCAGUGCCUCCCCGGUCCGCGCCCUUGGAAAAUGGGGGGCUUCUUCUGCGAGGCCCCGAGCACAGAACAGACCGGGCACAGUGGGCAGGGACUGGAACCAGGCUGUCCCGAGUCAGUUCCAGUUGCAGGUUCUCUGAGGUGUGUGUGGCAAGUGGCAAGUGCGUCUCCCCAGUGUUCUCCCUGAAGACCAGAGGCGAGCCUUUAUGAACAAGGAAGCGCUCUGUGCCCCAGCAUUCAGGGACGAGGAGAAGCACCCCUCACCCCCUCCCCAUCCUCAAAGGUCCGGCUCUGUACCCAGUAGCCCUCUGAGCUAGGAACUGAGAUCCCUGUUGCACAUGAGGAAACUGAGGCCCAGUGAAGCCAGCUGUGGAAAGAAGCAGAAGUCCUUGGGCAGGAUUUAGCCUGAGGCCGUGCGGGACAUUCCCAGGCAGCUAGAAGCAGCCUUGGGUGAUUUCUGGGUGGCACAGAACCCCCUCUCUGUAUCUCUUGUUCUCAUCCCAGAUCCCCAGUGCACCCCUAAAGAAGGUGGUGAAGCACGAGGGGAGUGAGCUGCCCUCUGCCUAGCACACGGUGAUCUUGCAUCCCCCACAGGCCGCCACAGCACGGCGGUCCAUGGUCCAGCCAGCUUCUCCCCAACACUGCCCUUCUGGAAGGGGAAAAACUCUGGGCAGCCAGUGCUCAAGGCAGAGGUGCCAGCCUUCCCCUCGAGCCUAGACACAGGCCAGGAAGGAUGCAAGAGAAAGCUCGAGGCGGCUAGAGGUCCCAUCCAGCCCCGAGACCUGGUGCCAGGCAGCCCCACGUAAAUCGCACCGUGCAAAAAUCCAACAAGCACCAACCAAACAAAAUCCCAGAGAGCAAAACUCAGAGAGGGGCGUGAGUAACCCGGAAGCCAGAGAACAGCAUUUCCCUCGCCCCCCUGCCCUGUUAACGCCUGGCCCUCAGAAUGCUCUUGUUUUUAAUAGGAAGCUAUGUUUCAUUGUUCUCUUGUGGGUGUCACUACAGACGUGUUCUGACAGUUCCCUGAGGGAUGGAGCAUCUUGUUAUAUAUUUGGCUUCAAAUUGAGAUGUUGGCUCCGUUUCUCCACCCCCCCCCCCAAUUAAUUUUCGAAUCCCUAGCAACUGUGACUGUAUUUAGCACAAGAGAAAGCUGAGAUCGUGGGUCUUGCCUCCUUCCAGAAAUAUGUCUGGCUCAUCAGGACUUUUUUUUAAGACUUCAAAAUAUUUUUAAGAUAUUUUAAACUUUUGUAAAAAAAAAAAAAGCAACAA